GCAAUGACGGUGACAGGAAAUGCAUUGAUUAAUUAAGUUCUUCAGGGCUCUUUCCGAAACAAUAAACUUCAUAAUGAUACAUUAACAGAUAUCGACACUGUUCCCUAGUUUGUGAGCGAGUUGAAAACAUGAAUGGGAAAGCAUUAUCGAUCAGCUGAUUGGAUUUUAAUACGAUUGUGGGUUGGCAGAACAAAUAUGGACGCGGCUUUGAAAACAAUCGAGUGUAGUCGAAGAGAAGUAUUUGUUUAUGCAAUUUGUCAGACGUGUUGUGGCAAGUAAACUGUGUGUGUAAUACAGCAACGCCAAGCUGAUUACAUUCACGUAUAAAAAUGUUGAAUAUCCUGAAAGCAGAGAUAGAGAAAAAGCGUAAAUUACUGGAGGAGAAAGAGCUCCUGAAACCGAACAAGAAGUACUUCAAGCGGGCAGAGCUGGUUGCCAAGGAGGCGGAGGAGUACCGCCGCAAGUGCGGCGUGGGCGGCAGCGAGGAAGCAGAGCGGCAGUCUGAGAGCGAGCAGCCGGGGGCGGACUUCAGAGACGGCGACCUCACCGACGACGGCGUGCCGACGCUGCCGCGCAAGGAGGUGGUGCGGAGGCUGCGCGAGCGCGCCGAGCCCGUCCUUCUCUUCGGGGAGACGGAGCUCGAGUCGUUCCGCAGGCUGCGGCGCAGCGAGAUCCUCGAGCCGGAAGUCAACCGAGGGCUGCGUAAUGACUUCCAGGAGGCACUCGAAAAGGUGGACCAAGCAUUUCUCGACGAGAUCCUCGCGUCGUCCCGCGGCACGGACGAGCACGGCGGCAGGGAGGGCGGAACCUCGUCGAACGACGUGAAAGUGCAGGACGACGGCGUGAGCUACGAGGAGAUCCAGCGCAUGGCCGUGGAUCUCGGCAAGGGUGAUCGCGAGCUCGACAUGCAGGUCAUCACGCACUUCAUCCAGUUCCUGCUCAAGAUGUGGGGCCACCAGCUGAACAGCCGUUCGCAGGCCGAGAAGAUGACUGUGCGGGGAAAGCUGGCCUGUGCCACGUACACCCAGACUCAGGUGUACCUGAAGCCCCUACUGCGUAAGCUGAAGACGCGCAGUGUGCCCGAGGACAUAGCGGAGAGUCUGACGGAGAUUACGAGGUACAUGCUCGACCGGGACUACAUCCGCGCCAGCGACUCCUACUUGCAGAUGGCCAUUGGAAAUGCACCUUGGCCCAUUGGUGUCACUAUGGAAUGCAGAAGAAAGGACCAUGACAACAACUUCCGACAACAGCAAGUUGCAGUAGCAGGGAUCUGUCCAGAGCUGUACGAUUACCGAUUCCACCUUCACCCAAGUUGCUGCACAUUUCCGAUACGACACCAGACUCUCGCCCGCAAUAGAGGAAGAACAGUAUGCCAGACAGGCAGGUAUAAAAGAAGUUAUGGCUGAACCACCAGUAAUUUGUAUACUACCUUGUGGAACUAUAACAUUUGAAUCAAAAUGUAUGUAAUCUAAAAAUAUGACAGUGCGUACUUCCGAGGAUAGUUAAAAAACGGCCAUUUAUGAAUUUGUUAUGGGACAGUUGGUCCUGUCUUCGUGAGCCUUUUAACAGUUUUAGAACUGGAGCAUGCUCUGGGGCAAAUACUGCAAAAAACUGUCACGUUUAUUUGCAUGUUCUACAAUUUAAAUGAUGAACAGACUAGCCUUAAUUCAAAUUCAAACAAAAUGUUUCCAAAUCAAGAUAUGUUGUAAUCUAUUGUUACUUAUGUCUAUAUGAUAAAGAGGAUUUGUAACAAAAAGGUAGAGUAACAAUAAGUCUUUAUUA